UGUCAGAUAAUUUGAAGGUUAGGGUGAGGCAGGAAACCACGACACGCCUUUGUUGGGACUUGUAUAAGAGCACAGGAAUAGAAAAGCAAAAGAAGGGCGAGAAUAAAACAGGAGAAAUAAAGAGGAGGUGAACAUUUUUGGAUGAUCACUCAGGUUCCACACAUCUUUGGAAGGACAUGAUAUAAAGUGCAGGUGGCAAGUUUUUGGUAGAAGGGAAGCAGUUGAGGAGAAAAAAAGAUUUUCAUUUCAGUAACCAAAGCACUGCAGGUGGCAAUGAUAUGGAUUCUAUAACAAAGAAAACGAGGCAAGAUGGAUCAGAAGUUACUGAAAGACUUAUUACAGAGACUGUAACCACAAGACUCACAUCCUUGCCACCCAAAGGAGGGAGCAGCAGUGGGCUCAAAACAUCAUCCCACACUGGAGGGAGUGGAGUGGAAAAGCGAUCGUACACUCAUGGAAGCAGCUAUGUGACCUCAAGUGGAAGUGGUAGAUUGAAUUCAACAUCAUCAUCCUCCAGCUACAGACAAGCCCAGUCUCCCAGCUCUACUCUCACCAAAUCACCUGGCUCAACAUUUGAAAGAAAAACCUAUGUCAACCGCCAUGCAACAUAUGAAGGGAGCUCCAGUGCCAACUCUUCUCCUGAGUUUCCCAGAAAAGAUUUUGCAUCUGCCUCUACCAGAGGGAGAAGCCAAAGUCGAGAGAGUGAAAUACGAGUCCGACUGCAGAGCGCAUCUCCCUCUGGCAGAUGGACGGAGUUGGAUGAUGUGAAACGUUUGCUGAAAGGAAGUCGAUCUGCCAGCUGCAGCCCUACUCGGUCACCAUCCGGUACCCUCCCGAUACCGAAAAAGGCCGUGGUGGAGACGAAGAUGGUCACUGAGAGCUCUCAGUCAGUGUCAGGGACAUAUGAUACAACCAUACUGAAUACUGCCCUCCCUUCAUACAUGUGGUCCUCCACUCUGCCUGCUGGGUCUUCCCUUGGUGGAUACCAUAACAGCUCUUCCUUGAUCAAUGCCAUGUCUCACUCUACAGGAUCAGUUUUUGGUGUCCCAAAUAACCUGGCUCCCAGCAAUCAUACUCUGAAUGCGGGCCUGAGCUCUUCCUCUACAGUAUUUGGAGUUCAAAACAACCUGUCUCCAAGCUCUUCUUCUGUAACCCAGAAUGCUACAGCAGCCUCUGCAAGUCAGCAGCAAACAUAUGGGAUGAAGAACACAUCUCAGAGUAACACCAUGGCAAGUACUGCUGUGUCUGCCUCAGCAGGAGGAACUGUCUUGAGCUCCCAGGAAGACGACAUUCUGCGCAAAGACUGCAAGUUCCUGCUGCUCGAGAAGGAGAAGGCACCUGCAAAGGAGAUGGAGCUCUUGGUCAUGACAAAGGACACUGGCAAAGUCUUCAGUGCUUCUAACACCGGGCUUAGUGGAGGAUCUUUUGGAGAAGACACCUUGAAGAAAGAGAAGCAGGGAUUUUCCUCCUCUUAUGCUACAGAUACUGGCCUAAAAUCAGAUGCAAACGGAGGGCUGAAAUCCAUGCCAAAACGGGACAAAGAAACUUAUGCAGAAAUACGAAGUGGUGAUGCAGGAGGUGCAAUUGGAUCAGCACCAUCCUGGUGUCCUUGUGGUUCCUGCUGUAGCUGGUGGAAAUGGCUCCUGGGUUUGCUUCUAGCCUGGUUGUUUCUCCUUGGAUUGCUUUUUGGACUCAUUGCUCUGGCUGAAGAAGUGAGAAAGCUGAAAUCUCGUGUGGAAGACCUGGAAAAAAUCAAUGGUGGCCUCCUGGCAAUUAACCAAGGGAAUUCAAAAAUAGAAAAGGAUGUUUCAAGAGUAGACUUUCUUCAUGGUAACUCACUCUCCUCAACCUUCCCAUAUGAAAAUGAAGAGUCAGUCUGGUUGAUGGUGAAGAGCAGACUGAAUAAGGAAAUAGAACGAGGCUACUUCCGAGGGGAGAGAGGAGAACGUGGUGAGAAAGGUGACAUGGGAAUACAAGGUCCCAAAGGUGAUCGAGGACUUCCUGGUGUCCCAGGCAUUCCUGGUCCAAUUGGGCAUGCAGGACCAGAAGGACCAAAAGGCCAGAAGGGAAGCAUGGGUGAUCCUGGCAUGGAAGGUCCCAUGGGACAAAGAGGUAGAGAAGGGAUACCAGGGCCUCGAGGGGAGCCAGGACCACCUGGAUUUGGAGAAAAAGGAGACAGAGGUGCUGUUGGUGAGCCAGGUCCUCCAGGGCCACCAGGACCCCCAGGUUCUACUGGACUAAAAGGUCUGAUGGGUUCCCCAGGCCCACAAGGUCCUCCAGGUCCUCCUGGCCUACAAGGAUUUAGAGGUGAAGCAGGACUCCCAGGUGCUAAAGGUGAAAAAGGAGCCAGUGGACCCCCUGGACCCAAAGGUGAUCAGGGUGAGAAGGGUUCUCGUGGAAUGACAGGUGAACAGGGCUCAAGAGGAAUACCUGGACCUCCAGGAGAGCCAGGGGCUAAAGGACCUGCAGGACAAGCUGGUCGUGAUGGACAGCCAGGUGAAAAAGGUGAACCAGGUCUUACGGGAAUGCCAGGUGCCAGAGGCCCUCCAGGACCCACUGGAGAUGCUGGAGAGCCAGGUCUUACAGGACCCCAAGGACCACCAGGACUUCCAGGCAACCCAGGCCGACCAGGGGCUAAAGGAGAACCUGGAGCUCCAGGAAGAGUCAUAAGUGCUGAGGGUUCAUCAACUAUUACUCUCCCAGGCCCACCAGGGCCCCCAGGCCCACCUGGCCCCACUGGUCCUCCAGGUGUUCCAGGUCCUGUUGGGCCAGCUGGUCUCCCUGGACAGCAAGGUCCACGGGGUGAGAAAGGAUCCCCAGGUGAAGCUGUGAUAGAAACCAUAAGAACAGAAGUCUCAUCAUUAGCAUCUCAAAUGCUGGGAGAUUUACAAGGGCGAGCAGGACCACCAGGUCCCCCUGGACCACCAGGUGAAUCUGUGCAGGGACCCCCUGGACCUCGUGGUCCCCCAGGAGAAGGAUUGCCAGGACCUCCAGGCCCACCAGGGAGACCAGGAUCAUCCAUGUCCACCUCAGAAGCAUUCUUCACAGGCCCACCAGGUCCACCAGGACCACCAGGCCCGAAGGGAGACCAAGGUGAACGAGGUCCACGGGGAUUCACAGGAGAACCGGGUGAUCCUGGCCUUUCAGCAUUCUCCUCCCACGGUGAAAGAGUCACCAUCCAGGGACCCCCAGGCCCACCUGGCCCACCUGGACCAAAAGGUGAUGCCGGUGUCCCAGGUGCACCUGGCAUCCCAGGAGCAUCUCGAGGUGGAUCCAGACAAAUUCAGGGACCCCCAGGACCUCCUGGACCACCUGGUCCUCCUGGCCCAAGUGGAGGUUCAUCUCAAGAGAUUCAGCAGUAUGUGACUGACUACCUGAAGAGUGACAGCAUCAGACAUUAUUUCACUGGUGCCCAAGGCCCACCAGGCCCUCCAGGCCCACCUGGACUCAUCACCACUGCAGAUGGGAUGACCUUGGAUUAUGCAGAGCUGGCUACCCGUGUCAUGAGCUAUAUGACAAGCUCUUCAGGUCGCUACGAGUCAUUUUCUAGCUCUGUAUCCACUACAUCCAUUUUGUACCAAGAACUUCUGGACUUGCUGCAAAGAGAAGAAAUUCGUCAGUAUCUCAUUGGACCUCAGGGCCCACCGGGACCUCCUGGGCCAGGGGGAGAUGGAAUGUCUCUGUCACUGGAUUAUGAUGAGCUGACCAGGAGGUUUAUCAGCUACUUGUCAAGUUCUGGGAUGAGCAUUGGACUGCCUGGACCACCUGGGCCUCCAGGGUCACCUGGCAUAUCUUACAGUGACCUGACAGCGUACCUGCGAAACUCUGAAUUCAGUGGUGUUGUUGGGCCCCCUGGUCCUGCAGGCCCCCCAGGACCUCCAGGGAUCCCUGGAUCACCAGGCACCUCUCUGGAGGACUUCUCUGCCUACCUUCAAAAUGUUGGAUACUCUUCCCUUUCUGGAGUCCGGGGCCCACCUGGCCCUCCUGGCCCUCCAGGACCACCAGGUUUCUCUGGAACUGGCCUCCUGUCCUAUGCUGACAUCACCAACAGCGACGAGUUCAGGAGUGAGCUGAUCCAGUACCUGAAGAGUGAUGAAGUUCGAAGCUACAUCUCAGGACCCCCUGGGCCCCCAGGACCACCAGGACCCAAAGGAGACAGUGGCUUUGUGUCUGGGUCUAUGUCUUCAUCAUACCAAGGGUUACGAGCUUCUGAGCACUUACAUGGAGGAUCCCUUGGUGCUGAGGGCUCCCACGGGGGCUCACUGGGCACAGGCAGCUCGUAUGGCAGCUCCAUGAGCAGCAGAUCCUCUUACCACACCUCAGUGGGCAGCGAUGGCACUUACGAUGCCUCCAUGGGCACUGCUGGGUCUUUCGAUGGGCUGCUGACAGAGGAGGAAUCACACAGAUCAGCAGGGUCGAGCAGAUCCUACAGCAACUCCUUCACUGGUUCCCUGGAUUACAACGAGCUGGCACUCCGUGUGUCAGAGAGCCUGCAGAGCCGAGGUAUUCUCCAGGACCUGAUGUCUUACACGGCACAGGGACCUGCAGGUCCCCCAGGCCCUCCUGGUCCCCCUGGCAUCAGCAAGGUCUUUGCAGCCUAUGGCAAUGUCACCGCAGACCUCAUGGACUUCUUUAGAACAUAUGGUGCCGUCCAGGGGCCACCCGGUGAAAAGGGAGAGAGGGGUUAUCGUGGACCCAAAGGUGACCCUGGGCCAAUGGGCCCACCAGGACGACACGGGCACAGGGGACCAAAAGGAGAGAAGGGAGAGAAAGGUGAACAACUGUAUGUUGGCAGAAGAAAAAGAAGAGCUGUUGGUGUUUAAGGAAAGAGGUAGCUCAGUUAUGCACAGGGCAGGAUUCCUAGCAGCCUGUAGAAAAUUAGCCUGAGUCUUCACUGCCUUAAUGCUAAAACAUCCUCACUGCUCAGCUGACCCCUUAGAGUUGAUAGUUCAGAUCUGAAUGUCUCUUGUAUGUGUCCAGCAUGGACCUAGUGUGGGUGUUUGCUCCUGUUACUGAUGUUUGGCUUGAUCCCUGAGCUCCCAGGCUGAUGUCCUUAGGCUGACAAGGGCUUCCUGUCUCACCUAGUCCAGGCUUCUUGUACUACUCCCAGAUAUGUAAAAACCUGGGUUUUUUAACAACUAGCCAACUAUGCAGAAAAAAGAAAACAAUUCCAUCCCCACCAAAUGCAUGGUUUGUCAGAGAUCAGAUGCAGCCUACAAGGCCCUGUGAAAAACCCUGGCCUUGCACCGCCUUGGGAUUCCCUCUCCACAAGCUCUGCCAACCCCAGGUGGAGCCCAUUUACAGCAGCACAGUGAGACAGGACACAGACAGGGCCGAACCAAAGCACUUUUAAAUGUAAUUUGUUCAUCUUUUAAAAAUAUUUUUGUAUUUUUUUCUGUUUUUUUAAACACUGGUGAAAAAUAAUCAAUGUAAACAGCCCAAUUAAAGUGUGUGUUUUAACCCCAUCCCUGAACUAUUAAGGAUGGCCAUUCUGUUCUUGCAGGGUUGUUGUGGGGCAGGGUGAGGCACCUGAUAUGGGUCUGAAGUACAAUGGUAAAUACAAUGGCACAACAUUUAACACCUUUAUACUCAGUUAUUUUGAACAUUAAACAAAUCAUCCCCUUCACUCAAA